AUGGCAUCAAAUGAACAGACAACAUCAACAGCUAGUAAUGCUAAAGUAACUUUUAAAAUAACAUUAACAUCUGAUCCAAAAUUACCAUUCAAAGUUUUAAGUGUUCCGGAAAAUACACCAUUCACUGCUGUUCUAAAAUUUGCUGCUGAAGAAUUUAAAGUUCAAGCAGCUACAAGUGCAAUUAUUACGAAUGAUGGUAUUGGAAUCAAUCCAUCUCAAACAGCUGGAAAUGUUUUUUUGAAACACGGAGCAGAACUUCGAAUUAUCCCACGUGAUCGUGUUGGUUAUUGA